AAAGUUUUUAUUUAUUUUAUUUAAAUAAUUUUUAAAUAAAGGGGGAUCCGGUUACUACGGGCUGCGACCAGUAGCCGUUGGCUUCGAUGGAGCGGGAAUGGCGCUCUCCGACGAGUCUCUGCGCCCCGUUUCUAGGGUUUUCUUCUUAGGGCUUGUGCUUCGCGUUCGAAGUGGGUUUGCUCUGUUGAUUUGGUGUUGCCCGUAGCAUUGGCAUUUUGAUUUGCUGCGGUAUUUAAAGCUUUCUGGUUCAGUAAUUGAUUUGACUUCUGAUACUGGGAUUGAAUUUUUGGAGCAUUUGAUUGGCAAAAUUCAAGAUUUUAUUCGCCAGGCACGGGAGUUUGCAGAAGGGAAGUUGAGGUUCGAUGGUUUGACAGCUCAAGAUCCUUUUUUCUGUUCCUGGAAACUGAAUUGGUUUGCUUGGUAGUUGGAUGGUAGUUGGGAAUGAAGAGAGGAACCAAGAUUGCAAGAUUGUGGUUGGAAUUUAGAUUCUUUGUUCUAUUAAUACUCCAUGCCUAGAGUUUGUUGUUCGUGUAGCUUGGGUUUGCGGCCACAACAGAAUUAUCGUGGAAAUUUAUUACUAUUGGGAAUCUUGGUUUUCUAAACUGUCAGUCAUCUGAGUUUAUUUUCUUGUGAGGCCUGAUGGAUUCAGCAAGGAGUUGGCUUCAUAAGUUUCAGCCUAGAGAUAAAUCUGCAACCAAGAAGAAAGACACGACAACCGAUGGAAAGGAAGGGAGUGAUGAAGCACCUUCAAAUGCUACCAAGCAGAGAGUUGCUGCUGCUAAGCAAUAUAUAGAAAAUCAUUACAAAGAGCAGAUGAAGAACCUGCAGGAGCGUAAAGUGCGACGUUACAAUUUGGAGAAGAAGCUAGCAGAUGCUGAUCUGUCUGAAGAAGAGCACAGCAAUAUUCUAAAACAUUUGGAGAAAAAGGAAACAGAAUACAUGCGCCUUCAGAGGCAUAAAAUGGGAGUUGACGAUUUUGAACUACUGACAAUGAUUGGAAAAGGUGCUUUUGGUGAGGUCAGGAUCUGUAGGGAGAAGACAACUGGUAAUGUAUAUGCAAUGAAGAAGCUUAAGAAAUCAGAGAUGCUACGUCGAGGCCAGGUCGAGCAUGUUAAAGCCGAAAGGAAUCUCCUUGCGGAGGUUGAUAGCAAUUGCAUAGUGAAACUUUAUUGUUCCUUCCAAGAUAAUGAGUAUCUAUAUCUUAUUAUGGAGUACCUACCUGGUGGGGACAUGAUGACAUUGCUUAUGCGGAAGGAUACACUCACUGAGGAUGAAGCUAGAUUUUACAUUGGUGAGGCUGUUCUUGCUAUUGAAUCUAUCCACAAACACAACUACAUUCACAGGGAUAUCAAGCCUGAUAAUCUGUUACUCGAUAGAUAUGGUCACCUGAAGUUGUCAGAUUUUGGACUAUGUAAACCUUUAGAUUGCAGUAACUUUCCAGAUUUACAAGAAAAGGAUAUUACACUAGGAAAGAGCUAUAGUGGUUCUUUACAAAGUCCUUCUUUACCAAAGCGCACACAACAGGAACAAUUAGAGCAUUGGCAAAGGAAUAGAAGGACAUUGGCAUACUCUACUGUCGGUACACCUGAUUAUAUUGCUCCAGAAGUUUUAUUGAAGAAGGGUUAUGGGAUGGAAUGUGAUUGGUGGUCGCUUGGAGCCAUCAUGUAUGAAAUGCUUGUGGGUUAUCCUCCAUUUUAUUCUGAUGAGCCUAUGGCAACAUGUAGGAAGAUAGUAAAUUGGAGAAUGCACCUAAAGUUUCCAGAAGAAGCAAAGCUAUCUGUAGAAGCGAAAGAUCUUAUCAGAAAACUCUUAUGCAAUGUCGACCAACGGCUUGGCACAAAAGGUGCCAAUGAAAUAAAGGCUCACUCUUGGUUUAAAGACAUUAAGUGGGACAGAUUGUACCAAAUGGAGGCUGCAUUUAUACCUGAGGUUAAGGAUGAGUUGGAUACACAAAACUUUGAAAAGUUCGAAGAGUCUGGAGAUCAGAUUCAGACUUCAUCAAAGUCAGGCCCAUGGAGAAAGAUGCUUUCUUCAAAGGAUUUGAAUUUUGUGGGUUAUACAUACAAAAAUUUCGAAAUUGUCAACGAUCAUGAAGUGACUGAGAUAGCUGAAUUGAAGAAGAAGAGCAAGUCAAAGAGGCCAACUAUCAAGUCUCUCUUUGAAUCUUCAGAAACAGAGGAUCAACCUGGGCAAUGUGUUCAAGGGAGCUUCCUCAGUCUUUUACCUUCUCAGCUAGAAGUCUCAAAGAGCCAGAAGUUGUCAUCUCCGUAAGUCCUGUUGAUCUCUAUGGCAUCAUGUGGCUCAAGGACUUUAAUAAUCAUCAUCAAGAGUAACACAUACAUCUCAGUAAGUACAGUUCUUAUUGAACUAUUUAAGGUGGUAUACUUGAGGCAACUAUUUGCACAAGAGAUUGAGCUUUAUGGCAUGCAGUGAAAUGGUUAAAGCAGCGGAGAAAUCAGAGGAAGUUGGAGGUUGAGUCAUGCUUCUUCCAUGAGGCAUAUGUUCCUGAUUGUAUCAGAAAGUUGUAAAGUUUAUCCUUGUGAAAGCAAAUAUCAAUUUUUCGUUUUACGAAUACAACCAAUUUUUCUGUAUUCUUUGUCAAUCUGUUAUUUGUAUAUAGAAUAUUCCACAUACUUCAUGUAUAAUUGUACGUGGGAUAGCUUAUUGUCGGAAAACCUAGUAGGAGCUCUCGGAGUAAAUUGGUCAUUUUGAUUAAAUCGUCAGAUGUUAUAUCUUUA